GCUGUACAAUGAGGGAUUACGAAGACGUUGUUCAUAAUCAUCCUAUACGCAUGGGAGAGAUGGAAAUUGUGAAGCGAAUACACAGAAAGUUACCUGCCCUGAUUGAAUUGUGUUUUUCUGUUGAUUGUACCUUUUCCAUCGUCAAGAAGAUUCUUGGAAAUAACGCGAUGCGUUACUGGAAUGCUAUGAACUGUGUCAAAUACGACGUUGGGUGUCCAAGUUCAGGAGGUUGGAGCACAUGGGGAUCUUGGUCGUCGUGCACUGCUGUCUGUGGCAGAGGUCAGAAAUAUCGCACACGAACCUGUAAUAGUCCAGUUCCUUCUCAUCCUGAAUUAAUGUGCGAUGAUUCUUCUUUGGAAAUGAAAGGCUGUCUGGGACUUAGCUGCAAAAAGCACUCAACGGGAACUUGGACUGAUUGGAGCAAUUGGAGUGUAUGUAGUGUACAAUGUGGCAAUGGUAUUCAAAUAAGAAGACGGUCAUGUUCCAAGGUGCAAAGUACUCAGGAAACAUCCUGCGAAGGUCCAAAUAAAGAGAUAAAAGCUUGUACAAUUAGUAACUGUUCCGUCAACGGUUUAUGGUCCUCAUGGACACUUUGGACAUCUUGCUCGUCAAAUUGUGGAAUAGGCACACAGUUGAGAAAUCGCAUGUGCAAUAAUCCAUCCCCAAGCGGUGGUGGUGUCCCUUGUUCUGGUUCUGCUUCCGAGGUUCGUCAAUGUUUCAGCAAACCAUGCACAGUUAAAUCGCACGAGGUAGCGCAUUUCACAGAAAAAAGCAGUCUUUCAUACGCCAUAAAUGGAAGACCUUCGCGUUUACUUCAUAUAUAUUUAAGAUUUUUACCACUGGUACCAUUUGGUGUGCUUAUUCAUCGAUACGAUAGCGAUUGCAAGGGAUCGUUCUGUGACUUUGUAAAGUUGUCUUUGCAGAAUGGAAAAGUAGUACUCUUAUCUCAAAUUUCGGGCUGUACAAUGGGUUUAGUUCACGAAGACAAGCUGGAAAUUGGAGAAUGGCAUGUGAUAUUUGCGGUAAUAUGUGGGAUACACGGUGUGUUACGUAUCGACAAUGGUCUGCACAGAGUUGCUACUUUUUCGUGUAUUCCAAUGUCACAUAAUUUGGAUCAUGUUAUGACAGUCGGAGAAGCAUUUCGCGGUCAAAUUCAAGAAAUAGUUAUUAACUUUGUGUCUAUUCCACUUCGUGUACCGAAGGGUGUAUAUAAUCGAAAGCAUAGAAAUGCUCCUUUUAGUAUCAGUAAUGUGCAAUAUUUACUGGGAGAUGACGAGGAAGCUUUUAUACCUGUUAGUUUAACAGAAUCAGUUGCUGCACCGUGUCCAAAAAACAUGGAAUCUUGGCAAAUCACUGUUGCGAUAAAAGUAGAAGAUGUAAAUGGCAUUGUGGCAAUUAUACCAGACGACUUUUGCAACAAAUACAUCUUACUACUACUGGAAGAGGGCAGAGUGAAGCUACGGUUUCAUCAGGGAGCAACUCAUGUUGCUGCUGAAAGCACAGAACAUAUUUUAACAGGAGAAUGGUUCGAGGUAGUACUAGUUCAAGAUGGUAAAAAAUUGUACAUGCAAAUUAAUGGAAAUGAGAAGAAAUAUGUGCCUCUAGUUUCUGAAAGAAUGGUUACAGUUGCGACCAGUGUAUUCAUUGGAGCUAUACGCGAUGAAAUAAAAGAGAAGAUAUGUCCGAAAUGCGCAGAAAUACCACAAAUGAGUUUCACUCUUGGAUAUCUUAAUAUAGAUGGAAACCAAGUAGAUCUCCUAUCGUUACCAAUUUUAGAAACAACCAGUAAACGUUUUGCGAGUCGCACUGUUAGUUUAUCUGACUACUACGAAGAAGUCCCUGUAUUAUUAGGUCAAGAGCUCAAGCUAUCGUGUUUCUAUGAUAAAGUUCCUCGUGAGACAAGAAUUCACGCAGCUUCAAAGAAAUCAUCCGUUGCGUGGUUAUUAAUGGAUAAACCAUUGCAAUAUUACGGAAAAACAUACGGUUUUUAUAGACUCCCGGAAAUACUUAACGACGAUCCGACUUCCAUUGUAAAUUUUGUUCAAUCUAAGGAUGGAAUAACUUUACUUGGUGGGCAACAAGCUGCGAAUGAAAUUGCAUUGGGAGUGACAGACGAUAAUUAA